CGGAGGGGGGCGUGGCCUUGUUCUGCUGCAGCGGAGAAAUAUGACAUGGGGCUGAGCGACACAGAGGGAGAGAGGGAGACAGCCUGAUCGGAAUUAGCGGCUCGCCGGAGGUCUGGACCCGAAACCGUUACGAUGGGCAGCAAUGACUGAACGCAGAACGGGUUCUCGUCGUCCCCAGCGUCUUCCUCUCCUCUGCUGCCUCUGAAGCCAUGGACUAGCGCCGCGCCGGGUCCAGACAGUUCUGUGGUCGUCCGAUGGCUUCUCAACCACCCGCAGCCCAAAUACAGAAAAUGAGAACGUGAAGGCUGGCGUCCACCAAGGCCACCGCUGCACCGUGGGCAGCGCACACACAUGAUCACAUGACUCUGGACAUGGACGCGGUCCUGUCAGACUUUGUUCGGUCCACGGGGGCGGAACCGGGUCUGGCAAGAGACCUGCUGGAAGGUAAAAACUGGGACCUCAGCGCUGCUCUGAAUGACUAUGAGGAGCUCAGGCAGGUCCACACUGCCAACCUGCCGCAGGUCUUCAACGAGGGCCGCUACUACAAGCAGCCAGAGACGCGUGACACGCCCACCCACGUCAACAAGAUCGACAGGCCGUGUGCACAGAAGCAGGAGGACAACACGCAAGAGAAGCGUCUGUCCCGCGGGAUCUCCCACGCCAGCUCCGCCAUCGUCUCGCUGGCGCGGCUGCAGGUGGCCAACGAGUGCACCAGCGAGCAGUUCCCCCUGGAGAUGCCCAUCUACACAUUCCAGCUGCCGGACCUCAGCGUGUACAGCGAGGACUUCAGGAGCUUCAUAGAGAGAGAUCUGAUAGAGCAGUCCACCAUGAUGGCUCUGGAGCAGGCUGGUCGUCUGAACUGGUGGUCCACCAUGUGCACCAGCUGUAAGAAGCUGCUUCCUCUGGCCACCACAGGGGACGGGAACUGCCUACUGCACGCUGCCUCUUUAGGCAUGUGGGGCUUCCACGACAGAGACCUGAUGCUGAGGAAAUCCUUGUACACCAUGAUGAAGAGCGGAGCGGAGAAGGAUGCUCUGAAGAGGAGGUGGAGGUGGCAGCAAACGCAGCAGAACAAGGAGUCGGGCCUGGUGUACACCGAGGAGGAGUGGGAGCGCGAGUGGAACGAACUCCUGAAGCUGGCCUCCAGCGAGCCUCGCACUCACCUCAGCAAGAACGGCAACACCAGCGGAGGGGUGGAUAACUCAGAGGACCCGGUCUAUGAGAGCCUGGAGGAGUUCCAUGUGUUUGUGCUGGCCCAUGUGUUGCGCAGGCCCAUCGUGGUGGUGGCUGACACAAUGCUCAGAGACUCGGGAGGAGAAGCCUUCGCUCCCAUCCCGUUCGGAGGGCUCUACCUGCCCCUGGAGGUGCCCCCGAGCCGCUGCCACUGCUCUCCUCUGGUCCUGGCCUACGAUCAGGCUCACUUCUCUGCGCUGGUGUCCAUGGAGCAGAGAGACCAGCAGCGGGAGCAAGCUGUUAUCCCCCUGACGGACUCGGAGCACAAGCUGCUGGCGCUCCACUUCGCCGUGGACCCCGGCAGGGAGUGGGAGUGGGGGAGGGACGACAACGACAACGCCAAGCUAGCCAAUCUCAUCUUGUCCCUGGAGGCCAAACUGAACCUGCUGCACAACUACAUGAAUGUAACAUGGAUCCGAAUUCCAUCUGAAACAAGGGCUCCCCUGGCUCAGCCAGAGUCUCCAACGGCCUCUGCAGGUGAGGAUGUCCAGUCUCUGGCAGAGUCCAUGGACUCCGACCGCGAGUCCGUCGGCAGCAACUCCAACGUCAACGCCAGCAAGCCCAGCAAAGAGAAGGACAAAGACAAGCAGCGCAAGGACAAAGACAAGGGCCGAGCGGAUUCUGUAGCCAACAAGCUGGGCAGCUUCAGCAAAACCCUGGGAAUCAAGCUGAAGAAGAACAUGGGGGGUCUGGGCGGCCUCGUCCACGGCAAAAUGAACAAAUCUAACUCUGGCUCAGGUCGUAAUGGGGAGAAUGGAGGGGAAAAGGCAAAGAAGAAAGAAUCCAAGACAACCAAGGGAAGUAAGGAGGAGUCGGGCCAGUCGACCAGCUCCACCUCCUCUGAGAAGGCCACUAGUCCCUCCCCUACAGACAGAGACAGACCCUCCAGCUCCUCCCCCACUGAGAGACAGGACAGUGCGGGGAGAGUCUCGGGUGAGAAAACCCUGGAAAACUGGAAAUACAGCACCGAUGUCAAGCUCAGCCUCAACAUUCUGCGGGCGGCCAUGCAAGGGGAGCGCAAGUUCAUCUUCGCGGGCCUCCUGCUCACCAGCCAUCGACACCAGUUCCACGAGGAGAUGAUCAGCUAUUACCUGUCCAACGCCCAGGAGCGCUUCAGCCAGGAGCAGGAGCAGAAGAGGAAGGAGGCGGAGAAGAAGCCGCCCGCCCCCAGCGAGGCGCCUGCAAAGAAGCCCCCCGAGCACGAGAGUGUCUUCCAGAGGGACCGAUCGGACAGCUCGCCCCCCGAGAGCUGCUCCCCCGUCCUGCCCCACCACACCUACAAUCACAGCCCGCAGCCCCUGCUGGGGCUCAAGGCGCAGGGCAGGAACAGCCCCACGCCCGCGGCCCCUCGUCCCCCCCCCCCUAUGACCCCGCCCACUGCCGCCCACCAAGCCCCGCCCCCUGCGCCCUACUCCUCCCCCAGCAUUGGUGCUAAGAGACUCGGGCCUGUUCCUGUGUCUGCCCACUACAGCCAUACACCGCCCAUCCAGCGGCACAGCGUCAUUCACUUACAAGAUGUCAACACGCAGUCCUCCAUCUUCCAAGACGACCCCUAUAAACCCGUGGUGGGCACCCUAAAGACAUGCGCCACCUACCCCCAGCAGAACCGCACACUCUCGUCCCAGAGCUACAGCCCCGCCCGCCUGUCGGGGGUCCGCACUGUUAACACCAUAGACGCCCUGUCCUACAACAUGCCCGGCGAGCAAAAGUCCCACACAUACACCAACGGGUUCGACGCGGGAGACAUUCAAGACUGCCUGGAGUUCGCCGACGAGGACAACUCGUCCCACACCUGGCUCAACCAAGAUAAAACCAAAGGGCGGAGCGCUGGAAGCCCUUUGUACUGCUUUCAGCAGCGCCGCUGCAAGAAGGAGAACUGCUCCUUCUACGGCAGGCCGGAGACAGACAACUUCUGCUCCUACUGCUACAGGGAGGAGCUGAAGCGCAGGGAGAGGGAGGGCAAAGCGCAGAGGCCCGCGUAGGGGGCCGGGGGGGAGCGCCACCAUCCGCACUCUGCGUUCAGAAUCAGAGGAUGGCAAACAUUUUUCCUAUUUUGUUGAAGAAUGCUCUCGUAUUCCCGUCACUCUUCCCUGGUUGGUGAAGGUUAUGGCUUUAUGACGAGGGAAGCCAAACUCGAACCAGUGAGCAGCUUUGGCCAGACAUCGCGCUGUUUAGUUUCCUGUCUCGUUGAAUUUAGCCUUUUACUUGUUUUAGAGUAAAAGUCAUCUACGUGUGAUGUAACUUUCCGUAUGUGAAGGGAAAAGUUCUUUAUUUUUCGAAAGUACAAAAUACUUACAUCUCAUCAGGAGGGAACAUUUUAGACCUUUUAAUCAGUUUGAAUGCAAUACCUCUGCUUGGUUCUUUAAAAUCUCUGUGGAAAUUUGUAGUUGUUUUGCAAUCGAAACAAAUUCAAAGGGAGAUUAAAUAUUAGACUUAAAGCAAUAAAUUGGUGAUUUUUGCUACACCCUCUCCCACCUUUGUCUAUGCACCAAUAUUAUAGUUAGUGUGGGUUAACUGUGUCUUGUAAAUUGUAAAGGAUUGUCACGGUGUGCUUUUGUAAACGAAUUUGAACUACAGGAAUUAAAAUGUGUAAGCAUCAUAGACCGUAAUGUUGGGUUAGGAUGAAAUGUAAGUGUUUCAUUUGUUCAGUGUCUUGUUUAAACCACAGUGCAGGAUCGCACUGUGCCAGAAUCGGACUCAUGAUCGCGUCUCGCGUGUUUUGGCCAUAGUCGACCACCUGAAGACAAUAAGCACUGCCAAAUUGGCCUCCGUAAUAUAUUAAGACUCCAAAAGUUCCCGGUUGCUUUAGAGGCAGACGCUCAGCGUCGCGGAUCCGACCAGUCGCCUCUCAAAUAUGCAGUGUUUAUAGUGUGUUUCUCCAAGCUGCCUGUUAACUACUCUAUUCGGUAAUUGUGUUAGUUGAGAUGCAUUGUGGGUAGUGAGAGCAGGCUGAUGCGUAUUAGUGUGAUUACGUGUCUGUCCCCCCCCACCCACACACACACACACAAUAAACAACACAAUGUGCAGUCAUGCUGUUAGCACUAUGUGGUGACCUGCAGUAUAGAUGUGUCACCGGUCCAGUGUGAGAUUAUCUGUCCUUCUUCCAUAUAGAGGCCGUUAAAGAAGCACCUGCUGCUAAGAGCACCUCAAGCCUUUGUGAUCAUCAGUGCUUUAACCAAUCAGUGGGUUUCGCGAAGCCCUGGGCCUCCAAGUGCUUUCUGCUCAUUCGACUUCUGUAAAGACGCAGUGUUUGUGUUGCUGUUUGUUCUGGUGAUGCUUGGAUAAUGUACCAUGCUGUCCUUAACCAAGUGUGUCCUGGCCAAGGAUGUCCACUGCUCCCUCGGUUUGCUCUUGCCUUUCCCUCCUCCACACACUGCAGUGUUGCUCCUCUUCGUUUCUAUGUGACCAGUUCAUGGACUCUCACCAUGUUAGGACUGUAAGAUAUGAUUUUGUAUUCCUUUAAGAGUUUUACACUAAUUUAAAUUAUUGAUUUGCACAUUAGGUACAGAUGUAAAUAUGAAAAAAAUAGUCUAUUGUUACAAA